UUGAAGCGUUUCUAUUGCUUCUCUACCAAGCCCCAAUUCGCUACAAAAAGCGUAGUCGGGUAAACUUGAAGGAGACAACUAUGGAAACCCAAACUCCGUUAAUAUGUUGUUUUCCGGUCUUCUUCGCUCUGUUCUCUGUUGUAUACAUAAUCGGUUACUUUCUGGUAUUCCGAUCGUGGAACCGUAAGCAGCGUCUAGACGCAUCGAGCUGCUUGAUUUCCCUGGCUCACGGAACCCCUGCUGUGUUCUUAGCAAUCUUCGCACUUCUUUCCAAACCCUCCUCCUUCGCCUCCCCAAAUUCCAAUUUGCAAAAUCUUGUCCUCGAUUUCAGCAUUGCCUACUUCGCCGUCGAUCUCCUCCACCUGUCCAUCUUCUUCCCUGGUGAUUUCCUCUUCAUCGCCCAUCACCUUGCCACACUCUUUGUGUUUGUUACUUGCAGGUACCUUGCUCUACAUGGCGCCUUCUCAAUUUUGGUUCUUUUGGUUCUCGCUGAGGUAACCAGCGCUUUCCAGAAUAUCUGGACACUUGCUGGGCUCCGCAGAGAAGAGUUUCUCAUGGCCGAAACUGUCUACAGAACCUUGUCACCACCAUUCUUUGCUUUGUAUUCGAUCAUGAGGGGAUUGUUUGGGCCGCUGUUCUUCUUAAAGAUGAGCAUAUUUUACUUGAGUGGUGAGGCGGAUGACGUGAUUUCCAGGUGGAUUUUUGUUUCUUGGAUUGCUGUGGUUGGUGGAGCUAUAUUGGUUAGCAUCUUAUGGGUAUCAAAUUUAUGGAUGGAGCUGUUCAGGGAAAUGAAGAAGGCCAAUUAUACGAAAGAGAAAUAGUUCUAUGGUUAUAAGAAAAUGAGACCAGUAAGAACUGAAACAGAUUGAUACUACAGGUGUUAGCCAAAAUCUACAGUAUUAUGAGUUGCUGCUCCCUUAUCUAAAUAGAAUGUGUCCUGAUUUAUUCCAAAUGCAUAAAUUAUUUUUCAACUUCUUAAUAUAUUUAUACAAUUCAUUAAUAUUUUUGUUU